AUGAACGAGCACAUUCUAUUCGUUGUGUUCCCAAUGAUCGGCCUCGCUCUUAUCCCAUUAGCAGCACCGUGGAUCCAGCGCUUUUCUACCCAGUUCCGUAUAUGGAUAAUCGUGCGAAUAAUCGAGGAUACUGCGAAGGAUAUCAAAGUCUCUAUGGAAGAAUUGAGGAUACGAGAGAAGGAGAUGAUUGAGCUCAAGAAGCAGGCGGACGCGGAAUUAAUUCUACGCGAUACGCCAACCUCGGAGCAGGCUAAGGUUACGCAGGACAACAAAGAGAGGUUCAGAGUUAGAUUAUUGGUGAUUCAACAGAAGUUCGCCGCUCUACGAAGGGACUUUUAUUCUAUUCAUGUGACGCUUGGGGACCAGACUGACAGGUUGCAAGCCUUUGAGGAAGAGCUGCACCAAUAUCGCGAUGAAUGA